CUCUCUCUUUUUAUUUCGCGGAUCCGAAAUCCGCGCUGAUCUCUUUCUCCACGCGCCGGCGCUCGUAGCACAAAAACUGCCUCUCUUCCAAUUCUUGGAUUAGAGAGCGAUCGGAUCGGUCUCGGAGGCGUCGGGAUCAAUAAUUUUUCGAUCGGUGAUCGAUUUCUUUGGGGGCCUCGAUCCGUCUUGGCCUCGAUCGGAAAUUUCACGCUGUCGAUCGGAUUCGAGCUCCGAUCCCUAGGUUCGAUCACAAAUCAAGACCCCAGGUGGGAGUUCACGACGGAUCUCGAUCGGAGCUCAGAUCACUGUGGUUUUUCUCUAUUCCUGAUCUGGAUUGGGGUUUUUAUCACCUGAGUUCGGUGUAUUUGGAUCCCAUACGCGUUGGAUGGUUUGAUGAUAUCGAAAUCGUCAGGUUUUUUUUCCUACCGAUCUUUCCGAUCUCAAUCCAUCUAGCCUAUUCCAUCAAUUUUCGAUUAAAAAAUCAGCUAUUGAUCGCGACCUUUUGAGUUUUCCGGAUUGGUGGUUUUAUCAGAAGUGAAGAAAAAUUGUUAGUUUGAUCUGUUGGGAUUUAACAAUGGCUGAGUGCCGGAGCUUGAUCGAGUUCUGCAGAACGUUUGAGCAGCACCGCAUCAUGGCCAACUCCCAGGCCUCGUCGGAGCACCGCAGCAGCCAGUCCCGCAACCGGAGGAGCAAGUCCUUGAAUCCUUUGUCCCCUCCCUUCUGCGAGCACUCCUCCUUCGCCGCCAUUGACACCGUGAUACUAUUUCUGGUGCUCGGCGCACUUGGUGUUCUGACUGUCCCUUAUCUCAAGUUCAUCUUCCAUGAAGCUGCUGAGCUCCUACCUUUGGCCAUAGACCUCAUGGGGGAUGUUCUCUACCAAGCCCCUGUUGCUUAUGCUGCUGGAUUCGUUUUGAUGUUCAUUUCCGGGAUUGCUGCAUGGGAGUUCAUCGGUCAUCAGGCUAGAAAAUGUGGGAAACCUUACUGCAAAGGUCUUCGUAAAGCGGUGGAAUUCGAUAUCCAGCUUGAGUCGGAGGAGUGCGUCAAGUGCCUGCCACCGAUGCCAAAGGAUGUGCUUGGAACUCGCCCCCUGGAACUAGGGGAGGACCACAAAGAACUUGAAGCUGAGCUCAAGAAGAUGGCGCCACUGAAUGGCCGGACUGUUCUCAUCUUUCGUGCCCCCUGUGGAUGCCCUGUAGGAAGAAUGGAAGUGUGGGGGCCAAAGAGAGUUCGUAGGACCAAGAAGUAGGCAGGCACACCACUUUUGUUUCUAGUUAUAAUGUUUUUAUAGGAAUAAACUAGAAAUACCCGACUAUGAAAUAGUAUCUUAAUCCAUGUUCCUCCUGUAUCAAAUAAGUGCAUUUGGCAUACUCAGAGGGUCAGCAAAUGUAAUGUGGAAUCCUGAAUAACCCUUUUAAUGCUCUGGAAAGUGGAACCUUAAUUCUAAUAUUACAAAGUUUUAGAUGACA